AUGGUGAAGACAUUCCAGUUCAGGGACAUCCAAGUACCGACGCCCGGCUUCGGCGCGAUGGGUCUGAGCUUUGGCCUGGGAACAGAAAUGGGCUAUGAGGAAGCCGAGCCAGUAUUACUGAAGGCAAUCGAGCUGGGGUGCACGUUCUGGGACACUGCGGUCGUUUACGGUGCGGGUAUCAAUGAAAGACUUCUUGGAGACUUCAUAAGAAAGCAUAAUGUGCGGGACAAGCUCUUCAUUGCCUCAAAAUGUGGCUUCAACUGCUUGAAUGGCGGAGACGGAAGUGUCACGAACUCUGCCUCGCACAUCAAGUCCUAUAUUGAGGGAACCAUUGAGAGACUUGGCUUUACGCCAGACCUCUACUACCUUCAUCGGAUCGAUCCCAGUAUGAUUGUCGGGCGAUUCCGGUUCAAGUUCGAUCGAUAUACUAACAUGAUGCGAGGAACACCUCUUGACGAAUCCAUUCCGGCUCUGGAUGAGCUUCGAAAGUCCGGCAAGACCAAAUACAUCGGGUUGUCCGAGUGCUCUGCCGCAACUUUGCGCAAAGCCAAUGCUAUGACAAGAUUCUUCCAAGUCGCACCGAUCGAUGCUGUCCAAGCAGAAUACUCGGCAUUUGAGACCGUGCACGAGACAGACGCCCUCAUCGCCACCACUAAAGAACUCGGUGUCGCUUACGUAGCAUACAGCCCUCUAGGCCAUGGGUGGCUGGUGGACGACUUCGCGUACGAGUCUCUGGAUGACUUUGCGCCAUCCGACUUCAGACGGACAUCUCCUAAGUUCCAAGGAGAAAACUUCUACAAGAACAAGGCAAUCGUUGAUGAGAUCCAGAAACUGGCGGCUAAGCGAGGUUGUACUACAGCACAGAUCGCGCUGGCGUGGGUUGCUUCACGGGGCAUGAUCCCCAUCCCCGGCACCACCAAGCCGAAGCGCCUGGAGGAGAAUUGGGCAUCACGGGAUAUCGAAUUGACGGACGAAGAGCAGAACGACAUGAGAAGAUUGAUCAAUGAGGCUAAGCCCUCUGGGGACAGAUAUGAUGCUGCCCGGUCGAAGCUAGUUGGUAAUUAA